AUGAAAAUCGUGUUGUUGUUGCUGCUCAGUCUCAGCUACAAUCUGCAUCAAUUGGCAGCCGAUGAGCUGCUGCCCAAUCUAGGCGGCGGCAGUUUGGCAUCAUCGGGCACUCUGGAGAGCAGCCAAGUCCUCGGUCACACGCUGCUCAAUACGUUGCUCAAUGGUGGCGGCAAUGUUGGCGGCCUUGGAGGCAGCCCCAUGGGCGGAGUUGGAGUUGGCACAGCAAUGAACACACUGGGCGGUCUGGGCGGCAACUUGGGCGGUGGUUCGGGCACCGGCACAGUCCCUGUUGCUGCGCCCCCAAACCCCAACCCAAUGGUGGGCUCCAUGCACGGACAUGGACACGGCCAUGGACAUGGACACGCCUUGGCCGGCCUGGCCAAUCUGGGCAUCAUUGUGCCGGGCAGCAAAGGCUUGCCGGGCAUGCUGCAGGGAGCGACUGGCGGCCACGGCUAUGGCGGCACCAUGCUCAGUGGCAGCCCUGGCAUUGGCGCUGGAGUAGGCGGCGGAGGCAUUGGAGGCGGCACCGAUAUGCAGCACCCUUACUAUAACGAACACUUUCUCUCCGAACACACUGUUAUGGCCGUUUUCACGUCUCAGGGCCAGGUGGGUGGUCCCUGCAAAUACAUGCCCGCCACUCGCCGCCAGAACCAUCAAUGCCGCAAGGAGAACGGACUGCCGGGCACCUUGGCCGAGGCCCGUCGCCUGGCCACCACACACUGUGAGGAUCAAUUUCGCUACGAUCGCUGGAACUGCUCGAUUGAGACGCGCGGCAAGCGCAACAUCUUCAAGAAACUCUACAAGGAGACGGCCUUCGUGCAUGCCCUGACUGCCGCGGCCCUCACCCAUUCGGUGGCGCGCGCCUGCGCCGAAGGACGCAUGACCAAGUGUGUGUGUGGCACCCGCAAACAGAAUCGUGUCGAUCAGGACUUCCAGUGGGGCGGCUGCAACGACAAUCUGAAGCAUGGCAAGCGUGUGACGCGCAGUUUUCUCGAAUUGCGUGGCGGCGAAAAUGAUGAAAUGACUGAGAUAUUGCAACAUGACUCCGAGGUUGGCAUCGAGGCCGUUUCCACGCUAAUGAAGGAUAAAUGCAAAUGCCAUGGCGUCUCUGGUUCGUGCUCUCUGAAGACCUGCUGGAAGAAGUUGGCCGAUUUCAAUGCCACGGCCACACUGUUGCGUCAGAAAUACAAUCAGGCCAUACGCAAGGCGCCCAAUCAGCGAACCAUGAGGCAGGCGCCCUCAAGUCGCAUGAAAAAGCCGAAGCAGCGACGCAAGAAACAACAGCAGUCGCAGUACACGACUCUCUACUAUUUGGAGACCUCGCCCACCUACUGUUCGGUCACCAAGGAUCGCCAGUGUCUGCAUCCGGACAAUUGCGCGAAUCUCUGCUGUGGGCGUGGCUACACCACUCGCGUCUUCAAGCAGGUGGAGAAAUGCCGCUGCCGCUUCAAUAACGGACGCUGCUGUCAGCUGAUCUGCGAUUAUUGUCAACGCUAUGAGGACAAAUACUAUUGUAAAUAGAUGGCCCAUUCACAAUAACAACACACACACACAGACUCACACACACACAUACACAGCUACUCUCCCACGCUCUCUAUCUCUCUCUCUCUCUCACACACACAUACAAAGCUCUUUGUAAUUUGUAACUGUAAUUUGUAAUUUGAUGGCAUUUUUUCAUUCCUAACUGCAAAUUUAUUGACAUAAACAAUGCACAUACUCGUACAUACAUACAUACAUAUAUACACACAUAUAUGCAUCAAGUUAGCUGCCGGGCCAGGCACUUUUUACAUGACAACAACAACAACAACAACAACGUAAUGAACAACAACCAUGGAAAAAAAUCACACAAAAAAAUGGCAAA